AUGCCCGCGACCCGACUGGACCGGCCAAAACCAGUGGCUGCGUCGGAUCCGCGCACGUUGAAGCGGACGCGACCGUCUCCACACGGCGACAGUUUGCGGUCGUCGACUGCCGUUGCUACAGCAGCAGCAGCAGCAGCAACAACAACAACAACAGCAACAGCAGUAGCAGAUGAUGAUGACAAUGGACUGCCAGCGGCCCUUGCGGCGUCGGCGGUCGCGUGCAAAGUGCCCAAGUUCCUGCGGUCGCUGUACGCGAUUCUGCAGACGGAAGACCCGCAGAUCGUCUCGUGGGUGCAGAACAAGGCCCUGACGCCGAAGUGCGUCACGGCGUUCCACAUCCUCGAAAUGGUGCGCUUCGAGCGUGAGGUGCUGCCCAAGUACUUUAAGCACCAGAAAUUUGCGAGUUUCCAGCGCCAGCUCAACAACUUUGGGUUCCGCAAGUGGACCAAGACGCAGUCGAGUGGGGUCUGUACCUUUAGUCACAAUUGCUUCCCACCGGACCUGUCGGCUGCAACGUCGAGCAAUCUGUCGGUGCGCGAGCGAUGGAGACAGAAGAGUACCCAAGUGCAGACCCCAGGAGCUGCUACUGCUGCAACAGUCGAUAGCCCGCUGAUGAAGCGACGGUGCGUCACGAACGGCAUUGCGACGGCCAAAGCUAAACAUCUGGAUGACGAUCGUCAGAGUGCGUCGCGUCGACGGCCAGUGCACGUGCAGGUUCCAGGCCGCGACAUCGUUGCUGCAACGUGUUCGUUUGGCGAGAUGUACCGCAGUCCCAGCUCAACUGCCAAUGUGGACAGCAGUGCUUUUCGUCACCAUUUGAGUCACCAGCCUCCGCUGAAGAAACGAGCACGGCCCCACACGGCUGUGAAGCAGGAGACGACCGACUUGCUGGAUGGCCUGGAGGCUUUUUGUGACGACUCGUUCAAGCAAGUGGUUCUGCCGCCGCUGCAGCCGCACUACUUCCAGACAGAGAUUGCGAAGAGCACGCUGCUCCCUACACCGCCGGCGUCUCCGUUCUCGAUCCCCAGCGAUUUCAGUGCACUGCAGCUUCCUCAGGGCAGCUGCCGGUUCUCGCUGCCUCAGGUGUCGAACAACUUCAGCUCGUCGAGUGUCUCGUCAGCCGAGGUGAGCUACGCGAGCACCGGUUUCAAGUCUCUCGAUAUGAAGCAGCAAAACGAAGCUCAGCCGCACGCGUUCUCGCUAAGUAACAAUCGAGGCAGUGCAAGUAAUGGCACGACUGAUGCUGCAGCUCUGCAAGGAACGUUUCUGGAGCCAUGGGUGUGGGACGCACAGCCGACAUGUUCGAGCUUUGAGCUCGCGCCGUUUCCUCUCGGAUUUGAAUGCAGAAGAACGGAUGUUGAGUGCAAGCCCGAGCUCGUGUGGCAGGAGAGCUUGAGCGCAAGCUCUCACCAGACGAUGAACGAGUUAUCGACGGACGCGUGCAGUACUGACGUGCUGGAGAUAGAGCUGUGUCACCAGCAGUAUCGUGGAGAUCCUUCCAGUUCGGAAGAGUUUGCUCUAGAGACUUUGCUGUUCGCCGAGUGA